AUGAGUCCGAAACCACCCGCCGAGCUAUCUCAAGGACAGCGACAUGCUGCAGCCGGACGGCCUCGAUUAGAACCAUCACCAUUGUCUCUCCAACCUAUCGAGAACCUCCCUACAACUCGGGAUUAUGUCCUCAACCCAACAUCUACCUUGACCAACAAGGUGUCGCCGACUAAAUUCGGUCGCAAGUCGCAAUUAGACUUUGUUGAAGGAAGACUGGGAUAUGUUCCAAUGAUUGCUCCUGCGACGCCGACAUUUACUACCGACUCUCCCAUCAAAAAGAUACCUUCCGAUCCUCAAAUCCACCCUACCGCUUCGUCAUCCGCUUCACUGCCGCAGUCCACCUUGUUCACAACAUUUUCCAGUGUUAGCACUGCCAGCACCGUCAAGUACCCGUCGGAAAGUGCAUCAGCAGAGACCUUUGCUGACUUUCCUGAGCCAUCUCAGCUUGCUAAGCCGUCUCUUAAACGAUCACUUCUGGAUGCGGCGCCAUUAAAAGAGCGGUUUAAAAAACAAAAGGGGAACGAGAUCACAAUGCAACUGCCAGAGCCCCACGAAUUGCCACCAAUCGAGGAUGAUGGCGCGAAACCCCCAUACAGUUAUGCGACGCUGAUCGGAAUGUCUAUACUGCGCGCUCCUAACAGGAGAUUGACACUAGCGCAAAUCUAUAGGUGGAUAUCAGAUACGUUUUCGUAUUACAAGAACAGUGAUCCGGGGUGGCAAAACAGCAUUCGACAUAACCUCAGUCUGAACAAAGCGUUUGUAAAACAAGAACGGCCCAAGGACGAUCCCGGUAAAGGAAAUUACUGGGCUAUUGAACCAGGAAUGGAAGUACAGUUCAUCAAGGAUAAACCAGUGCGCAAGCAACUUUCAACUGUACUUUCUGCGGCACCACAGCGAGAACCUGCGAGCUGGGCUGUACCACCACCACCGCCUGUACCGCCGGUUGCUCAACAACAAUCCGUCGUCCAAAGCUCCAGACACGUCGAUCUGUCCUCUGAUGCUACACUUCCCGCAUCUGAUCCGGCCUUUCAGGAAGAUUCGGCCACCACCAUCUGUGGCGAGAUCCCUCCUCACUCUUCUCCUCUCCAACCAAUCCAUUCCUCUCCCCCUGUUGCACAACCAACACGAUUUGCCCGUCCAGGGACUCCUCCCACCCCUUCUCAUCCCGCUGUUCCUAGCAAUGGACCACGUCAUCGUAAACGAAAGUUGAGUACAAUGAACGACAGCGGGUAUUUCUCUUCGCUAGAAUCCUCUGCGAUGCGGUCAAAUAAGGCUCGACACCUCCCAACCUCCGACAUAGAUAUCGAGCCUCCUCGUAUGAAGCGUGGGCGUGCCGAGGAAGAGAUAGCGCGCAUCAGAAGCUCUUCCCAUGAUAUCAGCCCGAGUCAGUCGGGAUACCUAAAGGAAACUGGGACACUGUCGCCGCCCCCAACAUGGAGGGUGGCAGGCCCUCUUACGCCUGUGUUCAAGUUCAAGAAACCUACGAAACCUCCACCAUCAGUUUCCCCGAACACGAAUCUUCGAAAUCACCGUAAGAAGAUUCAGCAAAUGGUCAAUUCUCCCAUCAAGCAUUUAGGUUUGGACGAGGAUCUUCCAUGGAGCCCUGCCUUUAAUAUACAGGAUGAAGCUUACACUCCUCACGAUACUCUUCACGUUUCCUUCGACGUAUUCGCCGAUCAAACGGUCGACCUCGUGUCAAACCCAGCAUACGGCUCCCCCGAGAAACGCUCGUCUCGUACUAACACAACUGGAUCGAGGAAUGUCCUGGCAGACAUCACUGCUAUGAGUGCUAACAACCGGCUGAAACCAAUAUCUCCCAACAAGUCGAAGAAAAGACUCCUUUUCCCGGACUCCCCAUCAAAAUUACCGGAGUCUGGGCACUUCGUUGAUGCUGCGCAUGACGACUUCUUCUCAUGGCAUCUUCUUGAUGACAGUCCACAGGAAGUGGAUGGUGUCGACCUUUUGCAAGGUUUCCAGAAGAUUGGUGGAGGUGAAGCACGUACAGGUAGCCGGCCAGUUUCGCGGCCACCAUUUUCGCGAGGGAAUAACUUGCGGCCUUGA